GUCAUUUUGGUUUUGGAAUGACAGAAGACAAACCACAAUCUCUCCGCAUCCUUUUUGCUAAUAUCAAUCCCAAAAACUGUGAAGUUAAAAAUAACAAGAAUUAUCACUUCUUUCUUUUAUCUGCACAACCUGCACUUAAAACCU